AUGAUGAAUAAUACUACCGAAUACCCAUCUCAAAUAACUGAGACAAUUUAAGGAAUAACUUUUUCAAGUGCAUUUGAUUCUGGUAAUCUAAAGAGUGUUCGUAAAGAGAACAACGGAAGAGUAUAUAAAUUUUAAUAUAAUUAAGUACAUCCUUUACAUAUAAAGUGAUUGUGGAAUAAAUGGUAAGACAACAAAUUAUAGAACAUGGUUUUAUUUUUCAGUAUCUGGAGUAAAUGAUGGUGAACUUACAUUUGUGAUUGCCAAUCUGUAAAAUCAAGUAAAUAAUAACAGAAUGUCUAGAUGGGACUUUUUAAAGAUGGUAUGUAACCAGUUUACAGGAAUUAUCAUUAAUCUUAAUGGGAAAGAUUAAAGUAGCCAUGUUAAUAUAGGUUAGUUCCAGAAGGUCAUUUUGAAAUAACUUUUAAACAUUAUUUUAGUAAUGAUUCAACAGUUUAUUUUGCAUUUUUUUAUCCAUGGAGUUGUGAAGAUAAUGAUGUAUAGAAAUGAAAUAGUUAUAGAAUUUUCUCUAAUAAUGUUAGGGAAUGUCACUUUAAGUUCCAGAUAUAUAUUAUGAUAAUUCAAUACUGGCUUACUCAAAGGAAGGUAGGCCAAUAAAUUUAAUAACAAUAACACAUGGAUAAUCUUUAAUUAAGGAGGAACCAAUAAAUGGCUUAUUUCCUUAAAGUAGACCUUAAUAUUUUAAGAAACCACAUAUUUUUAUUUCUGCUAGAGUGCAUCCAGGAGAAGUGCCAGGAUCAUUUGUAAAUAAUGGAUUGAUGAAAUAUUUGUUGAAUGUUUAUGAUCCUGCAGCAUAAGUAGCAAGAGAGAAAUUUGUUUGGAGUAUUAUUCCAAUAAUUAAUCCUGAUGGAGUAUAUAGAGGACAUUAUAGAACUGAUUCUUUAUGUUAAAAUUUAAAUCGAUAUUAUUUAUCACCAUAAAAGGAUGAUCAUCCAACGAUAUAUGCUAUUAAAGAAUAUAUAUUAAGACUUUAAAAUACAGAUAGAUUUUAUGGAUAUAUUGAUUUACAUGCACAUGCUGGUCAUAAAGGAGUUUUCAUUUAUGGUAAUUAAUUACCAUCAUUAAGUUAACAUACAUCAAAUUGCAUAAUACCUAGAUUAAUUAGUUUGUAUUCAGAAAUAUUUGAUUAUGAUGCAUGUAAUUUUACUGAAAAAAAUAUGUAUGCUGCUGAUAAAGGAGAUGGAUUAAGUAAAGAAGGUUCUGGAAGAGUUGCAUUUUAUAAAAUUUGUGGAAUCAUCCAUAGUUAUACUUUAGAAUGUAAUUAUAAUACAGGAAGAAUUACCAAUAUCAUGUAUUAAGAGAGUUCAAGUAAAAUUCGAAUCUUAUUCUAGAUAAUUCUUAUACUGAUGAUUAAUUAGAUGAAAAUAUCAUCCUUGGAUCUUUUUAAACAUCUAAUCCAAAAUCAUAUUUUUUUACUAUCUAAGAUUACGAAUAAGUAGGAGUUGGUAUUGUUAAUGCCUUUCUAGAUUUUAAUCUUAUAAACCCUAUGAGUAGAUUAUCAGCUUCUCCAUUUAAAACACUGGCUAAUAUGAGAACAUCCUUAGCAUAUAAUAUUAUGAGAACUAUGCAUUAUAGAUUUGAACCAUAUUUAAGGAAGGUUUUGAAGUAUUAAUUUAAUCCAUUUUCAGGUUUAUAAAUAACAAAGAAUAAUUAAAUAGGGUAGUAAAGGCUUUUUAUUAAUAUAUAUCAUAAGGAUAAAUAAAAGAUAAUUUAGAAGGCAAUUAAGAUAUUCUAGUAUAAAAAACAUAAACAAGAAAUGAAAAAGCUUAAGAAAUUAAAAAAGAAAAAAAUAAAUUACCUUAAUAAUAAUAAUAAUAAUAAAAAUAAUAAUAAUAAUAAAAAUAAUAAUAAUAAUAAAAAUAAUAAUAAUAAUUUAGAAAAUCUUAAUAUGAAUAAGUUCCUGUUAAAUAAUAUCCAUUUACUGAAGUCGAUUUAGAUUCUAGAUAAUUGAGAACUUAAAGUUAAAGCAAAACAAGGAAUAGAUCUGAAACAAAAUAAUAAUAAUAAAUUUAAUAAUAGUAAUAAUAAAAAGUAUAAAGGGCUUUUAAAAUUAAAAGAAAUGUGAAAUUAUGA